AUGUUUUUGCGGCCAACUCUGGAUCAGCUGGCGAUCCAUCGGUGGUCAUUGAUGUCCAGACAUAUGCUCCACAAUCUGAUGAGCAAAACGUGUCAAUUGAAUCACGUGUUAGUCGUCUCCGAGAGGCAUAUCUGCGCCGACAAUGCGGUCAGACAUCGGCCGCACGACAGCAGACACUUCGGCGCCGACCGAAGACAGACAGUGGCCGCCAAUCGGCGCUCAUUUCAGACCCAUUACGAUGUGUUGGGCGUCGAGCGGACGGCCACUCGCAAGCAGAUCAAGAGUGCAUACUAUGAGCUCUCGAAGACCUGUCACCCGGACGUGUGUCAGACGUCGGAGUCGGCCAAUCAGUUCCAAGAGAUUACCGUCGCGUACGAAGUGUUGGCCAAUAAAGACGCGAAACUGGAGUACGACCAGAGGAUUGGCAAUUUGGUGAACCGAAGACUCACUCUCAACGCCAGUGAUCGGAAUCAAGAGAAUCUCGAUUCGUUCAGAGAUAUCAAUCGGUUUAGUGAUCGCGUGAACGACACCGAAGACUACUCGCAGACCAUAUGGCGAAAGCGGGUCCGCAAAGAGAAUCUGUUCCGUAGGGAUGAAGAGCCGAAACGGAAGCACACAUAUUACGAUCCGAUGGACUUCGACCACAAAGAGUACUUAAGGGAUCACUUCAACGAAGAGAUGCAGAAACGAUACGCCGAACACUUUGAACGGAUCAGUAAAGCCAACGAAGAGAUCAUCAACAGAACUAUAGAAGAGGGUCAGUUCAAAACGAUGGCCGCGUUGAUGAUUGGCGCCAUUAUGGUAGUCCUUAUAAUUCUUUCUGAAGCCGAUAUUGCUUUAAGUCAACCGUCGCUUAAAGUGAGAGACAAAUCGUUGAGUGAAAGCGAUACACAUAACCAAACAACCAUUGAUGUGCCUAAAGAAGCCGUGGCUUUAAUCAUAUACGAGAAUAAUGUUAACAAAACCGGUUGGGCAAAUCUAGAGCUGCAGACUUUUGAUCGCUUCUCAGAUGAAGUCCAAUCAUCUAUGGCUGGAGUUCUCGAGGGAUACAUCACUGGAGAACUAAUUCACAUGAGUUUUCGCAAUAUCGCUGAAGGCAGUUGUGAUGGGGAAAAGCGAUUCUGUGAAUUGCUUAAACAAUUUGUCACAAAUAAUACCAAAUUUAUCAAUGAAAUGAUCGCUAAAAACAAAGACAGCGAUUAUUGGCACCAAUUGGAUGUGAUUUACAAACAGUUGAAUGGAUUGGAAAAGGGAUACAACAGAUGGAAAGUGGAGAAUGUAGGAAUGUCUCAUUACACACACCGAUCACAACACUAUACAUACCUUUCCUAUUGA